AUGGACAGCACCGUCUCCCUCUCCGCUGCAUCUGACUGCGCGGAUCCGCUGCUAACGCGGCUGCAGGACAGUUACACGCGACAGAAGCGUCAGCUGGCGGCACAGAAGCGUAAGCAGACGGAUGUGGAGCUGCAGACGGCCGCGGCGCACUGCAGCGACCUGCCACUCACUCUAGAGCUUCUUUCUGACGGAACGGCGUCCCUCUUCGAUGAGCUGGAGCGGUUGCUGGAGGCCCGCCAUGAGCAGUGGAACACUCCUAGUCGCGAGGUGGCCCUGCUGCAGCACAUUCGGCUACAAACGAACCGGGAGAUGCGCGAGUGUAUGUCGUUCAUAGAGGAGGGCUACAGAUCCGGGUUUGAGAAGCUGCUGCGCGAAAGCUGUCUCGAGAAACGAAACGAGGCGCUCCCCAAGACACCCGUGUCUUCUUCACUCGCAACAACCACGUUAAAGAAUGUGCAGAGUGCAAAGGCGGCGUCGGUGGCGUCAUCGGUGACACCGGCGGAGGCGCCUUCGCAUCUCUCUCUGAGGGAGGCGCUCUCAGAGUCCAUCAGUCUUAUGGCGGAAUCUUUGGCAGUGCUGCUGCAGUGCGAGGUGGUGCGAGUGUACCUGUACGACAGCAAUGCGCAUCUGAAGUGUGUCGCGCAGUUCCCUUACCGUGCCCAACACGCCGACCCGAUGCACUCGAGCUACCUCGCCUUGAUGGCAGUGCGCGAGGUUCAUCACAUUGUGUGCCAAGAGCGCCUGGUUAUCAACGGCUGGCUCAGCAAAUCCCACAGCGCAAACGACGGCAGCGCUGCCGCUGCGGACAACGUCGGAAGCAGCGCCGCAGCCAGCGGGCUCGAGGACAUUCGAACCUGUCUGUUGCUGCCCAUCUUCUCACCGGAAGGGGUGGGAAAGCCUUACGGCCUGGUACACGCGGUGAACAAACAGUAUCCCACGGCCCUCGGUGUCGCGACCGACGAAUCGACGGAGGUCGCGCAUGUCGGCUUCAACGCAGAUGACGAGACGCUGGCAUCGAGCGUCGCUCGCGUACUCGGAACCAUGCUCCGCCGGUACCCAGCCGAGCUCUUCUUCGCCGCUGGCACGGGCGAGAAGCUACGUCGGAGGGCUUUUCCUGGCGAUGCCGAGGUGCUUAGCCUAACGGCGCAUCUGCCGCCCAUCCUGCAGGACGAGGUUCAGGAUGCUGCGGAGGUCGCUCAGCUUGCCUUGUCCCACCUCACGCCGGUUCUCGUGCAUCGAGUACCCAUGACUGUCAUUUAUGAGGCCCGUUCCGCGGCCGGGGAAGGGCGGCGGCGUAAGCUGGCCGUCCUCGGACCCCGCGAAAGCGCAGUUUCCUCCGUAGAAUUCAAUCUGCGUUGCUUGAAGGAGCUGUGGGAGAGCAGCCGCGAUGACAACGUGACGCUGCACAAGCAAUGCCGCACCUUGGAAGAGCAGGUGCAAGACAUGCGACUGCUCUUGCGCAAUGUGCUGGACGGGGUGGCUGUCGCGCGCGCGAUGCCGCUUCGCACUGACGUGGCACAGUUCCUGCACAACCUUGAGAUGUACGGGCGGACAGAGCGGACAGAGCGGAUGGCGGAGUACGUGUCAGAGCAGAUGCUAGCCAUCCCCGACACCACCGCCCGCGCACCUGGUGCCGCGCACACGCGCGCGAGGGCUUCCAACGUGGAGGUGGACACCAAAGCGACACAAUCCCAUAUUAGCGGCAGCGACUUACGGGCUCUGCAAAAUCAUCACGCUCGCCUCAACACCGUAACACCCGCCUCACUGCACUUUGACGGGCCCAGCGGCGUCCGCAGCUACACUUCCGAUCCAGCGCAGAAGCGUGAGCAGGUGCGCUUCAUCGACGAGCUGUGCCGCCUUGCCCAGGACGAGAAGCCGUCGCUGCCGUUAACGCGCAGAGGAGAUGGUCGCCGGCAGGCACUGCCCAGCACCUUUCCCACUGUUACUCGCGCAAAGGCGGAGAGAGGUUCAAAGUCUGCGGUGAAGGAGGAUCUGUACCCAUGUGGACGCCCGUUCAAGCUCUGA